AUGAAUCUCGCAUCAACCCAAUCGUACUGUACUGUAGAGAUUCAAGACAAGAAAACGCAGGGAAAGGCUGACGAUUAUGGAAAGAAACACCCAGCUCGGAUCUUUCUCUGUGUCAUAUUCUAUGGAGUCAUCGAAGAUUUUGAAGAUGUUGGCGAGUUCUUUCAGGAGUGCCAGAUGUACCUUCAAGACCCGUUUCAUUGCGAUCGUGACGUGAAAUAUAUGAAUCCACAUAUGCUUUGCAGCCAAGAAGAAGAGCCAAUCACCACAGCAUCUAUCACUCCCGAAAGCAUCACCUGUCUCGUUGGGAAUGUCACCUCUCAGAUUGAUCUAUUUGCAGUUUUGAGGAACGAAGAUAACAUCGAAGAAGCCGAGACCCCAAUGGCGAUAGAAACGCCUCUCUUUCGACAUCAAAAACAAGGACUGAAAUUUAUGUCGCAAAGAGAAUUGGGGUGGGCAUUUGAUUCCCCAGGAAGCGACAUCUGGGCCAGGGAGACGCGCGGUAAUGGCCGGUUACUAUAUGUUAAUAAUAUCACCGGAGAAACGCAAUUGGCACCUCCUCCAGAUUUCAGAGGAGGACUUUUGGCUGAUGAAAUGGGACUUGGGAAAACCCUCACCAUGAUAGCACUAAUUGCUCUCAACCAAAAAGAGCCCGAGAUAAAGAGCAAAAAUGUUCCAGCAAUUUCACGACGAUCUAUUAAAACAACUCUAAUUAUUGCUCCACUUGUUUUGUUAGAGAUGUGGCACAGCCAGUUACAAAAACAUCUGCGGCCUGGUGCAAUGUCAUGGUAUACUUACCAUGGCCCGGUCAAACCCUCGAUUCAUGUGCUUUCAGAAUACGACAUUGUCCUCACAACGUACGAAACAAUUGCAGCACAACUCAAAAAAUUCCAUAAGUCAAAUUCAGUAGAAGAGACAAUCUAUUCUGUUACAUGGCAUCGAGUGAUUCUAGACGAAGCACAUAUAAUUCGGAACAGAGGUAGUUCAAAAGCAAAAUCAGUCUGCGCUCUCUACGCUUCUAAUCGAUGGGCAAUUACUGGAACACCCAUUCAAAACAAGCUCACCGAUCUGGCCAGUAUAAUUGAAUUCCUCAGAGUGUUCCCUUUUUCGGAUCCGGAAACCUUCAAUAUCGAGAUUUCCCAACCCUGGCAAGAAUCAGACCAACAAGGCCUUCUGCGACUUAAGAAAUUGGUCAACUCGGUCGCUUUGUGUAGGCCAAGGGCCACUAUCAACCUUCCAAGCCGUACCGAUGAGAUUCAUCGUUUGACCUUCACCGCUGCUGAGCAAGACUUGUAUAAUUCCGCUCGGACUUUCACUGCUAGCAUGCUUGAUAAUGCGAUGUCCGAAGAGUUCACUCAAAAAGGAUUAUAUUUAAACGCACUGACAUGGUUAAACAAGCUAAGGCUCAUCUGCAACCAUGGUGUGGUUGCUGGAAAACAAGAGAGCUUUGAUGACAUGAAUACUGACGGUGAUGUCCCCAAUACUUGGGACAAUAUUACCGCUCAGAAAGCGUUCAACAGUAUGAUCGAUGCUGGUGCAGCUAUGUGUGUCGCUUGUACUGCUAACCUUGCUGACUCAACCUCGGAUGGCUCACCAGAAGGUGAUGUCGAAUGCUUGGACAAUGGGAUUCAGCAGCCUAUCCAUGCUCAUCUAUCCCAAUGUCUGUUUGUUCUCUGUUGCUCUUGCGCUUCGAAGGCAUCAGCACUUUCCGGGAAAUCACCGUGCGCACACCAUCCGAAAUGCCCAACCUUUGGAGUCUCCUUGGUUGAAUCUUCCCACCCUCAAAUCUUAAAUCCUGGAAUCACUAUGAGUCCAGGUUCUACGCCAACAAAACUGAAAGCUCUUCUUCAAAACCUGAAGGAAUUUAAAACGGAGAAAAGUGCCAUCUUUUCUUACUGGACCUUUACGCUGGAUCUCAUUGAAAAUGUGCUAAAUAGGGCCUCGAUUCGCUUUACAAGGAUUGAUGGACAAUUGUCCCCUGAUAAAAGAGCAGAUGCCAUUCGAAGAUUUCAAACAACAGAUGACACCCGCAUCAUCCUGGUUUCUAUUACUUGUGGUGGAGCUGGGUUGGAUCUCACAGCCGCAUCCCGUGCCUACUUGAUGGAGCCACAAUGGAAUCCACAAAUGGAAGAGCAGGCAUUAUGUCGCGUGUAUCGCCUCGGCCAGAAGAGGAAUGUAACGACAAUACGAUAUAGAAUGCUGAAUUCAUUCGAAGAGAACGUUGUCAAGAUCCAGGACCGGAAGAAAGACUUAGCAAAUUUAACGUUUUCAAAUGCAAGACUAUCAGAGACAGACGUUGGGGCCGGUCGACUUCAGUAUCUACGUGCGGCGUUGAGAUGA